AUGUUGGGUUUGAGAUUUUCGGUUUUGGCUAUAUGCCUAACUUUGUGCUCACAGUGGAUUGGCCCUGUAGAUUCCAAAGUCUGUGAGACCCAUGACAAAAAAUUGGGCAAAUGCCGGCGUCCUCGAGAUUGCCCAGCGCUUAAAUCAAUUGCAGAAAAGUGGAAGAAAAAGAUAAAUCUAACCGACGAGGAGGAUAGAUAUCGAAGGUCUGUUGUGGCCUGCGAUAAGAGAAGAACGUUUUGCUGUGAAGACCCUCUUAAUUCUGAAGGAUUGGAAUUGCUGGAGAAAAAUGAUAAUAUAUGCGGGGUUUUUGCCAUUUAUGUGUAUUCCAGAAAUACAAUAGGGCCGGGAAUGCAGCCAUGGAUCACCUUACUCGAGUACGAGACACAGCCUUUUGGGAAACAAUUUAAAUGCGGCGGCUCUCUGAUUACUUCUGAAUUUGUCUUGACGGCUGCGCACUGUAUCAGUGAGACUCUGGUAUCCGUCCGAUUGGGAGAACACGAUCAUAAGUUCUUGGGCAAUAGUAAAAUUUUUCCAGAGGGUACACCCCUGGACGUUCCAGUCGAAAAAGUUUUCACCCAUCCGCAAUUCGAUGAACGUAAUUAUAGGAACGACAUAGCGUUGAUUCGGCUAAAAGAACCAGUGCAGUACACCGAAUGGAUUCGACCAACAUGCCUGCCGCGGUUUGCGGACCUUCAAAUGGAGAUACAGGAGGCAGAAAGUAUGGAGGUAAUCGGCUGGGGAUUCACGAAGCCAAAUAUACUCGAAGAAAUUCCCAAAAGGGCAAUCGUCCAAAGGCUGGGGUUAGCCCAGUGCGGCAUCGACGAUGACACAAAAAUCUGCGUCAGUGGCGAGGGAAUCGAUAUGGACGUGGGUGUCUCCGGAGGAUCACUGAGUCAUGUGGCUUUUUACAAAGAUAGACAGCGCAUGGUACAGGCCGGAAUCAUGAGCUACAAAUACGGGCAUCAGAAGACGGUGUAUACAGAUGUGGCUGAAUUUAUGGGUUGGAUAACCGAAACAAUUGUGAAAAAUUAA